GGACAAUUUACAGGUGGUAGUUAGACGGUGUUGUAUAGUGGCUCGUUUUGUCGUUUUGUUUUGAUGUUUAUUUUCCGUUUAUUUAAAAUAUGUGUACUAGUGGCUGAAAUUUAAUAAACAAUGCCAAUAAGCUUUAUAACUUCCAUCUACAAAUUUUCAUUUAAACAUUAAAGUGGACGGACACAAUGGAGUUCGUGGAUUAUUCAAAAACGUUUUUUUAUAUAAUCACAGUACUUGUGAUUUUAUUAAAUAGUCAUGAAGCUCUAAGUUUUGGACCCUCGCAUCAACCUGAAGCAUAUUUUAACGGAUCUUCCUACUUAAGACUGCAAACUAUUAUUUCGUUAAAGAAACAGACUGGUCUAAGUUUUCGAACUUGUUACGGAGGAAAUUUAUUCUCACAACAACUAAACGAUGAUCUGAUCGAACUUUCAGUAAAUUCAGAGGAAAUUGAAUUUAUAGCCAAAACUGGAGGCAAGAAAUACGAACAUAAAAUCAGUGGACAUUUUUUAGACAAUAAAUGGCAUACAGUUUAUCUACAAUAUAUAUCUGGUAAUUUAACUAUUGAUGUAGACGGGGAAUCACAACUAAUUGCGAAUUCAAGUUACCAAAAUGAACUUUUGGUAAGUCCUGGUCUCUACAACGAAGGCGCUGCAGUACUUCUCAUAGGGAAACAGUUCAAUGGUUGCCUUCUAGAAGGACCAACAGUCGUUUUUGAUCCUUCUCUCGUGAAAUCUAAUCAUAAUGUCGCUUUUAAAACAUGCCCCAUACCGCAUGAUUCUUGUGUGCCAAUAGGCUCGGAUUAUUGUGGAACGGAGCCUUGCAUGCGACAUGGAACCUGCCUGAAUAAACAAGAUACUUACACUUGCAAUUGUAAUCCUCGAUAUUCGGGAAAAAAUUGUGAAAUUGAUUUGGGUAAUCCCUGUGACAGAAUACCGCCGAUAUGCAAAAAUAACGCCAACUGUACGUCUGAUCCUUCCGGGGAUUUUACGUGUAUUUGUAAUCCUGGUUACACAGGAAAACGUUGUGAAACCAAACUGAAGAUGCACCCUAUGUGCAAAGAUAAAACUUGUUUGAAUGGCGGUAUAUGUGACGUCCAUCCCGUUACUCAAGAAUUGUUUUGCCGAUGCAAACCGGGUUUUAAAGGAGAAAAUUGUGAAAUCAAUGAAGAUGAAUGCUUAUCCAACCCUUGUCGUAACGGUGGUCUUUGCAUCGAUGGAUAUAAUAAUUUCAAAUGCAAUUGUAGUCAAACAGGAUAUGAAGGAAAAAUUUGCGACGAAGAUGUGAAUGAAUGUUUAAACAAUCCUUGUUUCAACCAAGGGAUUUGUUUCAACACAUAUGGCUCAUAUUUGUGCCAGUGUAUACCAGGAUUUGCAGGAAAAAAUUGUAGAAUGGCAGUCGAUGAGUGUCUUUCAAAGCCGUGCUUAAAUAACGGAUUGUGUAUCAGCCAUGGGGGUAAAUACGAAUGUCGUUGCGUUAAUGGUUACUUGGGAGAUAACUGUGAGAUCGAACCAGGCGGAAAUCUACGUCAAUGCGAACAAAAUACUUGUCCCUAUUAUGCAGAAUGUAGAGAAAUAGGCAGUGCUUCAAUGUGUGUUUGCAAACCAGAAAACCCUGGAGAAUAUCCAGAUUGCAAUACAUCUUCCGCAUGCUCCAGAAACCCAUGUUUGAAUGGAGGUACUUGUACACCUUAUAAAGGAUCUUUCAAUUGUACAUGUCCCAAUGGCUUCACUGGUAAAAUUUGUCAAAACAACAUAGAUGAUUGUGCUAAUUCUCCUUGUCAAAAUGGUGGAACGUGCUACGACAAAGUGAAUGGCUUUUACUGCAACUGUACUGAACACUGGAUGGGGCCAAUUUGCGAGAAGCCAUAUGACAUUUGUGAGUUGAACCCAUGUAAACACAAUGGAACGUGCAUAUCUUCUCCAAACAAAAGAGACUUCACUUGCCUUUGCCCAAUGGGAUUCGAGGGCGAAACCUGUGAUACUAACAUAGACGAUUGCCUGGGAUCAAAGUGUCCACCUGAUCAAAUAUGUAUUGAUUUAAUUAAUAACUAUGAAUGCAGAUGUCCUCCAGGUUUCGCUGGUGCUGAUUGCAGUGUUGAUAUUGACCCAUGUGCAAAAAAACCAUGCUUAAAUGGCACUUGCAUUGUUGAUAAAAGUACAUACCAAUUCAGUUGUAAUUGCAAUCCAGGGUAUACAGGUACUUUAUGCAACGAAGAUAUAGAUGAAUGUAAACAAUCCGAUAAUAAAAUAUGUAACCAUGGAAUUUGCGUUAAUUUCGAAGGCAGCUUUCAGUGUUAUUGUAAACCUGGUUAUACUGGAGAACGGUGUAACUUAGAUUUUGAUGAAUGUCUAUCGAUGCCUUGUAAGAACAACGCUACUUGCAUUAAUCUUGUGAAUAAUUUUGAAUGCCACUGCCCUCCAGGUUACGAUGGAAAGGAUUGUUCUGUGAAUAUCGACGAAUGCGAACCGCAACCGUGUAUGCACGGAGCGACUUGCAUAGAUGGUAUUAAUGAAUUUACUUGCGUUUGUCCGGAAGGUUUGACCGGUAAAAGAUGUGAAAUAAAUAUUGAUGAUUGUGAAUCUUCUCCUUGCUUACAUGGAUCUCAAUGUAUAGAUGGGUUGAAUAGUUAUUCAUGCAAUUGUACCGAUACAGGUUAUGAGGGCUAUCAUUGUGAAAAUAAUAUAGAUGACUGUGAAGGCGAUCCCUGUCAAAAUGAAGCCCCUUGUAUCGACUUAGUCAAAGAUUAUUCUUGUAAAUGUUAUCCAGGAUAUAAAGGUAAAAACUGUGAGAUAGAUAUCAACGAAUGCGAAAGUAAUCCAUGCCAAUACAACGGUACUUGCAUAGAACGAUCUAACAUCACUCUCUAUUCUCCCGUAUAUUCUUAUAAUUUGAAUCUUCCUGAAAUUUUUUCUAAACCGUUCAACUAUUCGGAAGCCGCUGGUUACGAGUGCCUUUGUGUUCUUGGAGUAACAGGUCAUAAUUGUGAAACUAACAUUAACGAAUGCGAGAGUAAUCCUUGUGUCUAUGGUGCCUGUAUCGAUAAAAUUGGAGGUUACAUUUGUGAAUGCGAAGAUGGAUACGAAGGAAUACAUUGCGAAUUAGAUAUAGACGAGUGUAAAAAGUACAAUCCGUGCGUUAAUGGUACUUGUAUUGAUAAAAUCGCAAACUAUUUUUGUCAAUGUACGAACGGAUAUGGUGGCAAAAACUGUUCUGUUGAACUUGCAGGAUGUAAAGAUAAUCCUUGUUUAAACGAUGGUCAGUGUCGUCCAUAUUUGGUUCAUGAAACCGAACACAAAUUCAACUGUACUUGUCCCAAUGGUUUUCACGGCCAAACGUGCGAACAAAUAACCACAAUGUCAUUCCGCGACAUAUCAUCAGUAACUGUUAAUACUGUUAGAGAAGAAGGUUAUGAUAUACAGUUUCGAUUCAAAACUACUUUAGGUGACGGUUUAUUAGCACUAGGUAAAGGAUUAACGUUUUAUAUAUUGGAAUUAUCGAAAGGGAGAUUAAAUUUGCAUUCAAGCUUGCUGAACAAAUGGGAAGGAGUUUUUAUAGGUUCAAAUUUGAAUGAUAGUACGUGGCAAAAAGUAUUUGUUGCGAUAAAUUCCUCACACUUUGUAUUAUCUUCUAAUGAAGAACAAACUAUUUAUCCAAUAAGCUACAACGAAAACAAUAAUGUGACUAGUACUAGUUUUCCUGUAACGUAUAUUGGAGGUAUUCCAAAUAACCUUAGGAAAUUGACGCACGGCCAACCGUUUUUAGUAGGAUGCACUGAAGACGUUUUGGUGAACGGACAGUGGGUUUUGCCUCAACUUAAAAAUACCCCUUGGUUAAAUUUUCAGCACGUCGAAGAGAAAUGUAUAAGGGAACCUCAAUGUGAGCCAAACCCAUGUGAAUCCGGAGGACGCUGUACUGAUAGGUGGAGGGAAUUUAGCUGUACCUGCGAGCGUCCUUAUUUAGGUCAUACAUGUCAGUAUAAUUACACCGCAGCUACAUUCGGAUAUGAAAAUAUCACGGAUUCAUUAGUUACGGUAGAUGUCGCUGAUACUGCAAGAAGAGCGGUGCGUUCCAUAGUUGAUAUAAGCAUGUUUAUAAGAACAAGACAAUCCAGGGGGCAGAUAUUUUAUUUAGGUUCUGGUUUACUUCCAAAUCCAAACGACGAAACUUAUAUAGCUGCUCAACUUGAAAGUGGUGAGUUAUUAGUCAGAAUUCAAUUUGAAGGAAAUCUAGAGAGCUACACAGUUGGAGGAGUGAAGUUGGAUAAUGGAUGGAAUCAUCUGAUCAAAGUAAUUCGUAAUGUGACAUUGGUGCAAGUAAAACUGAACAACACAGAAUAUUUCCGUAAAACGAUAUCAGCCUCUGGUCCGUUAGACGUCCGAGUUCUUUAUUUGGGUGGACAACCCCAAUCUAGAUCAAUCAGACAGACCAAUGAAAAUUUGUCAGUUACAAAAAUUGACAUAUCUCCAACAUCCCCGGCUGCUAUAACAUCUGCUCUUAGCAGUGUACAUUUCAAAGGAAUUAUACAGGAUGUCCAGAUAAGUAAUGGAUCAGCUGUAAUGAUCGUUGAAUUUUACCCACUCCAAGCUCCAGAUUUACGUAUACCUGCUUCAUUUGGUAACGUUACCUUUGAUAGAUCAACAGUAUUAAAAGGCGUCCAUUCUGAUGAUUUGUGCAGACUAGAUCCCUGUCACAGAGGAGAAUGUUCUAUCACUUGGAAUGACUAUAUGUGUAUUUGUCCUAUUGGCUUCAAAGGGAAAGAUUGUAAUGAACUAGAAUUCUGUAAAUUGAGAGGUUGUCCAACUGGAUCGGAAUGUAAGAAUUUAGAAGAUGGUUACGAAUGUAUAUCAAACAGUACUUUCGAUGGCUUGCAAAAACCUUUGCAGUAUCAACUAACAGCAGAUGUAAUUUCCGAUAAUUUCAUUUUCGAUUCUUUAGAAUUGAAUUAUAGAACGCGAUCAUGGGGUACUAUCCUUUUUGCUAAAUACAAAGAAAACUAUUUUGAAGUUUUCGUUUAUCACAAUGAAGUAGUUAUUGAAUGGAAUUUUAACGGAAUGCCUGAGAUAAAGAGGUUCAGAAUAGAUAGAUUCAAGGGUCAGUGGAUUUCUCUAUUGUUUUUAUAUAAAAAUUCGAAACUAAGAGGUGGAUUCAAGGAGCACGUAAUGGACGAGUCUUCGGACUUUGAAGUAAAGCAAUUCGAUAUUUACGCAUUUAGUGAAAUAUUUCAAAAUGGUGAAAUAUAUAUAGCUGGUAGUGAUAAUUUAUUCGAUUAUCAAACAAUUAUCAACAAUACAGAUACGAAUUUGGCAGGUUAUAUACCUGUUACGGAUACUACUACUGUAGAAUCGCUUAUUAGUAAUUCUUUAGAAAGUAGUGAACUUUCUGAAGAUGUAUUAUUGUACAAAGUGGAUCAAGAUAAAAAGACUGAUAAUUUUAAGGGUUGUUUAGGUGAAAUAAGAAUAGGAGGCUUACUUCUUCCAUAUUUUCAUACACAAGAAAUUUAUCCGAAUAAAACGAAUCUCAAGAAAUUAUAUGAAUUAAGUACCGAUUCGACAAUAGAACAUGGUUGUAUCUUAUGCUAUCCAACAGAUUGUCUGAAUAAGGGUGUCUGUAUGAAUACUACAGAAACUUACAAAUGUCAUUGCCAACCCGGUUUCACCGGUGUAGAUUGUUCGUUUGAUAUAGAUGAAUGUGAAAAUAACAUGUGCCUAAAUAACGCAACUUGUGUUAAUCUAAUCAACGAAUAUAAAUGUGAAUGUUUAGCCGGUUAUACUGGGGAAUAUUGUGAGAUCGAUAUUGACGAAUGUCUUAGUAACCCCUGCAGGCAUGGUGGUACAUGUAACGAUUUGAUUGGUACGUUUAAAUGCGACUGUCCAGAGGGAUUUGUAGGUAAACAGUGUGAGGCUCCAUUACUGAUUACUUGUGAGAACAAACCUUGUAAAGAAGGAUCUACAUGUAAAACGGGUUCCAAUGAAAUAACUGGCAAUAAUUUCACUUGUAUUUGUACAGAAGGCAUGGAAGGACCUUUGUGCGAUACACCAUUUUGCCAAAUUGAUCACUGUCUACAUGGUAAAUGUAACGAUAGUUUUGCAGUGCCUUUUUGUGAAUGUGAAAGGGGUUAUGAAGGAAGACUCUGCGAUAUCGAUAUUAAUGAAUGUGUAUUACCUAACGGUGGCAGUCCUUGUCAAAAUAAAGGAAUAUGUAUAGAUCAAGUAAAUCGAUAUACUUGUAAUUGUGAAAAUACAGGUUAUACGGGACUACUGUGUGAAAUAGAUAUCAACGAAUGUGAAAAUGAACCGAUGACGUGCGGUCGUGACGGUACUUGCGAAAAUAUGCCUGGAUUUUAUCGUUGUAUUUGUGACAGUAUUAAAGGAAAAUGUGGCCGUCAAUGUAAUCUCGACGAUCCUUGCGAAAAUGAUCAUCCCUGUGAACACGGUACUUGCCAGUCUCAAUGUACUGAUAAACCUGACUACUUUUGUGAGUGUGAAGGGGACUAUGUAGGAAAAAAUUGUACGGAAUUGAAGGUAUCCGCUAGCCAAGCAGAAGGUGGAAUCAAUAUUUUGUACAUAGUAAUUCCUAUUAUUCUGGCCCUAAUACUGGCUUUGGUAGCUGGUUUAGUAAUUUUAGUGAAUGUGGCUCGUAGUAAAAGAGCUACCAGAGGUACUUAUAGUCCGAGUGCACAAGAAUUCUGUAAUCCACGAGUAGAACUUGACCACGUGUUGAAACCACCACCUGAAGAAAGGUUAAUUUAGACUAUUAAUUUAUUUGAAAUUAAUUUUUGACAACGUUAAAUGAUCACUUAUGUAAAAAUUAACUUAUAGUCGGAUUUAUUGUUACUCCAUAUAUUAUACCUUUGACAUAGAACAGUUUAUAAAAAUAUUUAUAUUAAUAUUUUUACACACUUGGAUCAUUUAUCGUAUUUAAUACUGUACUUAAGGGGCACUUCUACUUAGUUGUAUAUUAGGUAUUUAAAUUGACUUUCUUCCGUAUUUUCCGCAUUGAUUUCGUUUAUUAUCUAUCGAUAAAUAUGCAUCAAUACAUAUAUAUAUAUGGUGUGUCAUAUAAUUACAAAUACUGAACAUUUUUAUUAUCUGACAAAGUUUCGAUUACUAAAAUGAAAUAAAUUUGUAUAUAGCUUUUGUCAGACACAAAAAAAAAUUGAAACUAAGCUCCAUUGGUUCAUUAAACAUUUACUUCUUAUUAAAGAUGUAGACAAAUCUCUAAACACAUAGGCUUGCACUGUGUUUAAUAGUUAUCAUAAAAUCAGGUACCCGUUUUCGAAUGAUUCUAGAUAUUACAGCCAUUGUCUGCUAUAUAAAGUCAAAUUAUCUUACACUUAACAUUAUGACACACUCGGUAUGAUGUAUGAUUUAUUAUUAUAUAUUAAUCAGUUUCUGCAAGGUAACUUUCCCAUGACAAAAGUAUAUUUUCUGAUAUUGGUUUAUCGUGGCUGGAAUAUGAUUAUUUUUUAUACUUUCAUCUAAUUCAAAAAUGGAUUUCGCUUAAGCAUUCGUUAAUAUUUUGAAUGUAAUUAAAUUUAGAUUUAAGGUAUUGAUAAAACAACGAAUAAAAUUAUAACAGCCUUCCUUCGGUGCGUCAUUAAAUGUAUUGGAAUGAUUUGCAUUAUAGGCAAAUAUUACACCAUCGUAUUCAGCCAUAUAUGAAGAGUUCGGGACUUCAAUUUGAUAAUCUAAUCAUAAUUUUUAUCAAAUAUAAUAUUUAUAUAAUUUAUUUAUAAAUUAUCAGCGCAAAUACAGAGUUAGUUUAAUCUAAAAUACUAAAUAAUUAAUCAUUUUAAAAGAGGCCGUCCUAUAUCUGAAAGAAAUUUCCAAAGGAAAAAUAUACAGUAUGUAGAAUCAGAAUUCAUCUUAUUUUUGAAUACCAAAUUAGGGUGACGCCCCCAUUCUCCAUAUAUCUAGUUAACUGAUUUCUGCCAUUUGUUGUGACUUUUACCAGUGUUAUGGGGCGUCAUGCUGGCAAUUUCUUCUCGAUCAUUUACAAUGACAGGAUUUUCAAAAAGUUCACAAUGACGGGAUUUUAAAAAACUCUUAAACGCUUUCAAUUUAGAUGAGAAACUCUUAGGAGUGUUAACCUCAGAACAGCUAAUAAUGCCAGCAUAUCGGUUGUUAUAUUUAUGAUUUUUUUUGAAUCUUGAUUUUCAAAUUUCUCAGCAAAUUACAUUGAUCAUAUAUUAAAACACCCAGAUCUCUUUAAAUUGCUCAAAAUUGAAAUGGGACACUCCGGGAAGUGAAAACAGCUAUCAUUGCUUUUGCAGUGUAUGUUCACUUGCACCCUCAUGUUGGAAUCAAGUAAACCCCUAGUCCAAGCCAUCAAGCCUUCCUGCCACUGUGACUUCAUUUUCUUCAAAGAAACAGGUACCAAUAAUUCCAUAUUGUGAAACAAAUGUGAAUACAAAGGUGGUUUUAUUCAUUUCUUGAAGAUUUGUCAACAUAGUAGUGUAUGUUUGACUUCAUUAUGGUUAAACAAAGACAGACCAUCAGAUCUGAAAUAGGUCUAAACUGGAAAGACACGUUCCUUACUGUUUUAAGGCACUGAAAUGUGCAUAAUUUCAUCUUUUGAUCUAGAUCACUAGAUGUCCAUUGAAACAUAACUGUCUGAAUGACGCGCCAAUUUUUUUGUAUUUGUAUUAGUGCCAAUCAAAUUAUAUACUGACUUUGCUUUUAUAUUAUAAUAUCUUUAAUAAAAAAGUUUGUUCAUUAGAAUUUGUCUGCAAAGAUUACUCAAAUCUGCAAAAAAGUUGAGAGGGGUUUAUUUGCAUAAUAUUUCUGUUUUUGGGUGUGCUGAAUCCCUAAUUGACAUUCAUUUGCUCGUAGAACGUCACGUUUUCUGACAAUAUAGGUAUUUAUGUUAAACAAGUUAUCAUCUUAUAAUAAAAGAUAAAAUACUAAAAAAAUUCUCUUCUUUCAACGUUGCCGCUGAGAGGUCUGAAAACUUUGGUAUUGAGUAUUUGAAGCAAUUUACAUCUCUUGGAAGUGACUUCAUCAAUUCCAGCUUUUUGUAAAGCGGUGGUAAAAGAAGGCACCAAAGUUUCAUCUAGGUCGUUAUUUUCGCCAACAUUAAGCUUCCUUGGAGGCCAAUACUUUUUAGUCCAGUGAUUUGCUCGGACACAAAGAGCAAGGGAAUUUGGUAAAACCAGAUUGUUGUCUGAAGAACAUACUCAAGAAUUUAAAAUUGUCGCACACUUGCCAACGGUGGUCUUUAUAUUUCAAUUUGCAAAUAACCAAUUCCAUGUUCUUGUAGGUUUCCUUAAGAUGUACGGAAUGACCGACAGGAAUGGAAGCAUAUAAACCGCCAUUGUGAAGCAGAACUGCUUUAAGGCUACUUUUUGAAGAAAAUACGCCAAUGUGCUGAGUUGUAUAAGAUCUUAAAUGUAUUCAUCAAGCCUUCAAUAUUGGCACAAUAAACCAACUCGUCCUCUGUGGCAAAACAGGAAGUGAACUGCUUCCCACGAUAUCUAAACCACGAGCAAAAAGUAAGUUCUUGCUUCUGAGUCUUGAUCCAAGAACUCAGCAGUGUUUUGGCAAGAUUCAAGUCACUUACUAAAUCAUUUAGCUCGUUCAGGUACAGCACCAUCUUCGUCAGAACUUGGAAUCUCUUCCAAGGUAGUAGGGGCCUUGGAAUGGCAUUUCGGUCCCAUAAGGGAUGGGACAAAUAGCUGAUUUCCGAUUGGGGUAUGAAAUUGACUGCUUCCGUUUUAAUGUAUACCCUUUUACAUUACACGAACAAAACUAACAAUAAUCACUAUUAUUAUUUUGCUCGCGCUAUACCAUAGGAACCGCAUAGCUUUUUUCUUACCGUUAAACCAACUUCGAAGGUCUUCAACACCGUUUGCAGACUUCAUGAGGUGCCCAAACUUUAUCCUGAUCUCUGAGUUUUAAGCCAAAAUACGCGAAGUAUACUUUUUUUACAAAGUCCGUAAUAUUAAGUUGUUGCUUUAAUAUCAUAUAUUCGCCACAAAUAUAAGAUUGUCGAUGUCGAACAGAUGACACUGCACUAUACUCAACCAAGAUCUAAAAAACAAUGAAGAGUAAACACGUAAUGGUAUCGCGCCACUUGUUACACUAUAUGAGCUCGCACGUUCAGGUUACAUGUUUAUGUUUGUUAAUUUAGCUCAUACAAGGCGUUCUCUAUUUAGAAAGUAAUUAGACGUUAUGGCCUGUAUACAUUUGAAAACAAUAAUCAAAAUAAAAUUGUGCUUAUUUAUUCAUGACUUCAAGUUAGCCCAAAAAUUUCUUUUUUUAAGAAAAUUGUGUGUUUUUAAAAAUAAACUGAGGUUCUGGAAUUUUUUGAGUAUUUCUUUAGUUUUCACAACAUAGAAACCAGUUAAAAACACCUAGACAGUAUUUUUGUUACAGACCUGUGUUAUUUGAUUUAUAGAAAUUGAGAUAAAUAUUAUGUUUUUCAUUGAACUACCCUGGAAUCCGAUUCUUCGAAUAUGUAAUUAAUCGUUUAGAAAAUAUAUACGCGCUGAAAGAAAGCUGAUUUACCCUAAAUAAAAUAUUGAACAAAUAUUUAAAAUUAUUUUUUUAAUGGAUCUGUUAUUUAUCUAAUGUCGCUGAAUUAUAAUUUUACUAAUUUAUACUUUAUAUUUAAUUGUAUUUUUUAAUUGAAAAUUAAGGUACCUUCCCAUAUUAUCAAAUUAAUUUAACCAUUUUAGAGUAAUUUAUACAAGUACAUCCACUUUGCACGUUUUUUCAAAUAUACAUGACUGUCUUUUCAAAGAAUGUGUUAGGCUUCAUCCAUUAGAGAUUUCUUCAAAUAAGACAUCUUAUGUUUUAUAUCAUCUUCUGAAGCAUCAGUUGGACUAAUUCUAUUUCUUUUUUAUCGUGUGCCUAAUUUUUCCCAGGACGUUGUGAAAAUUAUUUUAAGCAUGAAAGAGUCACUGCGUUGACUAAUAUGUUUAUGUUCAAAGUUAUACAAGCAAGGUUUCUUUCGAUUUUCGCAGUCUUUUAAAGUAGUUGUAAUGCUUACGCACUUAACAAGGACUUCUUGCAAUGUUUCAAAAAUAUUUUUUUGUAAUUUGCUGACUGACGCAUAAAGCUGCACGUGAAUACAAAAGUUGGCUUUGUUGCAGUUAUUUUUCCUAUAAACUUCUUUAAAAUGUUGGCAUGUGUGGAGUUUGGUAUAAAAAUUCCACCAAAACAAAGUCUACAGUCUUUAGUUCUGCUGAAUAUACCUCAUGAACAUCUCUUUCAUGAGACGAAUGAUCAGAAUCUUUGUAGGUCCUGACUCUUUUAGAAGUCUUUUUUUUCUAUUUGGAAGUUGAUGGUGCUGGGUUUACAUUCUGACUUAAUUUUCUUGGAUUGUACCGCUAAUAUUAACAUUUUCAAUGCUUUUUCCUGGUUCUACUUGAAUUUUUUUCUAAUAAACAAUAUAGGGCGAUAAAAGGACACCUGUUGUAGAACCGCUAUAUAUUAUUUGAAUGGCUAGUUUUCAAACUAUUCAUUAUCCUGUGCCAAUGCUUGGAAUCUCUUUUCAUGAGAACCCUGCUCCUUCCCGGAUCAUCCGAAAUAUUUGUUUUAUCAUAGUUCACGAUGGCAAAAUACUUGUUUAUAAUCUCCCUUGUGUCACUUUCCCGAACUCUCUUAAUAUUUUCACACCAUCGGUUAGAAAGUAUUUCGCAGUGUCUUUUAAAAAAGCUCUCAUAAAUUCUCUGCCUGGCAUCUUAUUUGUAAAUUUUACCACAUUUCUCCCAGAACUAUCAAGAUAUGCCUUAAUUAAAUACCUCACAUCUACUGAAGUUAGGGGACACCCCCAUUCACUGCUCAGCUGGAUAUUUUCCACUAAUUUAGCCUCUUCAGCUGCAGUUAAAACAGUUUGUUCACCUGGCCUCAACGAAUAAUGAUUUUUCAGCCUACGGUCUAUAGCGUCCUUUGGUAUUCGGUAUUUUUUUUGUAGUUUGCUUAAUGAAACUCCUUUUUGCCUUUAUUAGUCCACUGCUUUUUCUAAAUUUCCAAUAUCAUAUCUUCUGGAAUUGGUCCCAAUUUCCCAACUAUAUCGGCCCAUUUUCAGCACCUGCAAAAUAUCUUUUUUUAUACUGAGUGACUUGAGACAUCUUAUACGACCUAUUUGGAUUUUUUGUGAAAAAAAUACGUCCAUUUCUAUUACAGAAAUGCCACUCACUAAUGCCUCAAUGUGAGCCAUAUAUAGAAGCAUUAAAUAAAUGUAAAAGAAUUGCCAUAUUGAACUUAAGUUACGCUAAAUAAACAGAAUAAUGUUAAAUGAAGCAAAUCUUAUGUUGUUAAAAUAUCCACAAAAAAAUAUCCCAAACCAGGUCUGUACCGCUACUAAAUUUGAGUAAAAACCUAUUCGAAGCCUGUCCUGCGCGAUUGUCGGAUGAUAUAUCUGAGGGGCCGCGUGUCGUGAAGUUUUGUCACCAGUCACCAAGUGGUCUCAAGUGACCCGACCUGGAGGUACUUAUAUUUAGUUUCUCUAAAAUAAUCGCUACAUUCAUAAUACAUUUCAUUUUGUACAGAUUCCUUCACACACGACGUAAACAUAAGGCAUUGUUGUGGAUAUCUUCAAAUUUACUUUCCUAUUCAUUUCAGACUUCAGCUGAUAAGUAUUACCAUUGACAGAUGAUAUAAAAUAUUGUUAUCGAAAUGAAGGAAUGAUUGAGGUUAUUUUGAAUUUAUGAAAGUUGCAAUUAAUUCAUUAAUCCAGUUUUUUGAACAAAUUGGAAUUUUUGGAACCGUUGGUGAUAUUCAUACUGAACAAACUGUUUACGCUACUACUACAUCAAAACUCAUAGUUAACACUGUCUGAUCCGCGAUUCGAUUCUCUUAUUAUUGUCUUCAUAGAUAUUGUAACUGUGAGUGUUGUAGUAGUAGCGUAAACAGUGUGAUCAGUACAAUUUUUUUAAAGUUUAGUACAUUCCCAAAUUUGAGAAAACGUGUGUAUAGUAAAAAAUGAUUUAAUAGCUUGAAAAAGUUAUUGGAUUUUAUAAACAGAUUAUUCUUCAUCUAUAAGUACUUGUAAUUAUUUGGACUACAAUGUAUUUCAAAAUUAAAUAUUUAGCUCAUAGUCUUUAAGCAAUAACUGAUAAACCGUCCAUGAUAUAAAAUUGUGAUACAUGUUUGGAAACGUUUUACAAUGUACUUAAGCCUUACUGGCAUAAUACUAUUUUCAUUAAGCUAAACCAAAGUAUUAAAUAUGUAAAUAUAUAUUUUUAAUAAUUAUAAUCUUUGAUCAAUUUAUAUUAAAUUACUUUAAGGAACAUUUAAAUGUACUAAAAACAACUUGGAUCGAGUACUGUUGAAUUUGGAAAGAGCAACAUAUAUUUGUAUUUUGCUAUCAAUACAUUCCCAUAUUUUAAACUUGAGUUUUCUUACUUUGAGUAUAUUUUGUAUUGGAGUAAUAAAAUGAUUGUGGAUUAAUUCUACUUAUACUCUAUGUAUUCUGUGUAAACAGAAUCGUGGGUACUAAAACAUCUGUGUGUCUGAAAAUAAAUCCUAAUUAAAUAAUAAUCGGGAAAUAUUUCUAUGGUAGUGGUAAUCGAACCAACAACUUCCCCAAAACACCCAAUACCAUAAGAAUAUUUUUUAAUAACUAAAAAACGUAUUUAUGUGUUCUCAUUUUCAGCAUGAGACUUUUUUCAAUGAAGAGGUCUGACUUCUAAAGACCACCAUAUUUACAAAUAGUUAUAUCUUUUUCUAAUCUGAAAAAGUAUCUCGUAUACUUCUUUAUAUCAACUAAUGCCAUCUUAAGACGGAUUUGAUGGUUUAUUUAAGCAUUAUAAAUAGAGCCGAUAAUUUGAUCAAAUUUUUAAAGUAGCAUUUGAGUUCCAAUAAAAUUAAAAAGAGUCAAAUACUUGUAAAAUUUCGUUCUCAAUAAAUUAGAAUUAUUUCCAGCUAUCUCCAAUCUGUAAUAAAAAGAACUAAGUUUUAUCAGUACCAUCCUUAUAGUGUGUUUUUCAAUUGUACAAAAUAUCUCUUAAAGUAAAAUAGUGUAUAUAUAUUUUUUAUUUUCCAUCUUAAUACAUGAAUGUUAUAAAUUGAAAAAAAAUCUUAAAUUUG